UGAUAGGAUGGAAUAUGAGUGUCACUGUGCAGUAAAUUGUAUAAUUGGAGUCACUUCAACGUGACCUUAAAGGACAGAGCAAGAGACCAUACAGAGCUUAACUUUUAUUGCCCUUGAUUCAUCCAUUAUUUUGGGCUUCUCCUCGUGGAUUAAGGAGCAGUGAAGCUGAGAAAAGCAGACAGCCAUCAAUGAGUGUGACCAACUCCUCUGCCUACCGAUCGGAGCGCAGCUUCCAGCAGACCUCUUCUUCCUCCUCAUCCUCCAACAACCCAUACAUGGAGAAGAGCAGGGGGCUCUUUGCAGAGGACUUUGGCUCUUUCAUGCGUCCUGGAACGGAUGCCUUGGGAUUUCCCAGUCGGACAGGGACAGCAGGGAAGAUCAAGACAAUGGGAGACAGCUACCAGUUCACAGUGGACGUCCAAGACUUCUCUCCAGAGGACGUCAUUGUCACCACCUCCAACAACCAGAUCGAAGUACAUGCAGAAAAGUUGGCAGCGGAUGGCACAGUGAUGAACACUUUCACCCACAAGUGCCAGCUGCCUGAGGAUGUGGACCCCACCUCUGUGACAUCAUCAUUGGGCACCGAGGGAACGCUAACAGUCAAGGCCCGUAGAAACCCAUCCAAGCAUGAGCUCACACAGACCUUCCGCACUGAGAUCAAGAUCUAAGAAGACAGACUGGACUCUCCCAUGAGCCAUGACCCCUGUUCCCUCACUGCCUGUAUUUUGUAAUGCUAUAUCCUGUUUUCUCAUUUCAUGUCUUUAUCAUUAUAUGUUCAUUCUGCCCUUUAA